AUGCUGCAGGAAACUCUGGAAAAUCCAGACACGACCAGCCACGUUAAAACUCGGAUUUCUCACAAACCAACCGUUGAAACCAAAUCUCCACCGUUGAAUCUGAAGACCACUGAGUCACGAAGAUACUCUCCAAAAAUCAGCCAAAUCGAAGCUCGUUUGAGUGUCCAAACGUUCAACACCACAAACCUUCACAAGGCCACACCUGAGAUUGAAUGCAGUAAGGCUGAUGAGGAGCCUGAUCUACCUUUCUUCCUGGUGUCUAACCGGAAGAGUGGCCGUAAGGCUGAGAAUGUGAAUCUCACUGUGACUUUUGUGUAUGGUUUCAACCAAGUCGAAGAUAGGCACUCUCUGUGGGAUGAGUUACAUCUUUUGAAUGUUUCUACUCCUUUGUCUAGGCAUCCAUGGGCUGUCGCUGGAGAUUUCAACCAGAUCCUACGGUCAACUCAUCAUUCAAACCACCAAUGGAUAAAUGUUGACACUUCUGGUAUUGAUGAUUUCAAUCUGGCAUUGCAAGAUGCUGAGUUAUUUGAGGCGCAGGCAAAGGGACUGCCGUUAACUUGGUGGAAUAACCAAGAUGAUAACCCUAUCUCCAAGAAAAUUGAUCAUGCUCUCAUAAAUCAAAAAUGGUCUGACUUGUUUCCGGAUGCAUACGCAGACUUUCUAGAGCCGCAACAGUCUGAUCAUGCGGUAUGCCUAUUUCGGGUUCCUUCCCUUCAGCGACAUUUAUGCAAACCAUUCAAGUUUUUCCAUCAUGUGAUCGACCAUCUGGAGUAUGAAGACUCUGUCAAGGAAGCAUGGAACUGUGAGACGUAUCAACAAGCGAUAUUACAGUGGUAUCUCAGAGAGAGUAACAGCACAAGCUAA